UUUUCCUCAUUGGAAAAAAAUAAAGGUCAGAGUCAGACCCACACACAUCGCUCUCUUCUCUCUCGCCACCCUCUUAAAACAACAGCGAGAGAUGGGAAGAGGGUUGUGUAAGUGUUGUUUAUAUAUUAAGCAAACGAGAAAUCGAACCGAAUAACUGGAAUCUACUCCACCACACAAAACAACUUUCGGAACAUUUUUUAUUAUUUUAUUUUCUAUCAAAAUCAAAAUAAAAGAGAGAAAAAAAAAGAAGAGAAAAAGGCACCCUCGUAUCGUAUGUAUACAUUGCCCACACCCAGCUCCCUCACUUUCUUUCACAUUUUUAACCUUUUUCUCUCAUUCCUCGCCACCCCUAAUAUCUUCUCUCUUCAAAACCCCAUAUAUCAUCUUUUCUUCAUAUUCACUCUUUGUCACCAUCUGGCCUCUUCUUCUUCUUUUUCUUCUUUUUGUUUCGUUUGGUGUUGGUGCUGGUAAAGAUGACAAGGAUGACGGUGAAAGAUGAGUGGGUUCGGGCGGCGAUGACGGAUGACAACGUGGUGGUGGAGUUGUUGGUGAGGCUCAAACAAGCGCAGGCGGCGCCACCGGCUCCGAAAUCUGCGGUGGUUGCACUUAAAUGGGGGAUACGUCAGCCGAGGUCUAAAUUUAUGUUGAUGCGGUGUGACGCCAAGAGAGACGGAGAUUUCAACGUUAGCACUAGACGUAGCCCCACUACGCCCCUUUCUUGGAGUGGUGGCAGCGGCGCUGCAUCUCCUUCCGCUGCCGAUAGCUUUGAAGAGACCAGUAAACAAGUCUUACGCUCCCCACUAGCCGCACCUUCCAGAUCCAAGGGCGUUGCUGCUCAUGAAACCACUAGCACAACCACUAAGAGAUCGAGAAGAAAGAAGACUUUUGCUGAACUUAAGGAAGAGGAGAGUCUGCUCGUGAAGGAAAGUAUUUAUUUGAAAAAGGAGAUAGCAUCAAUGCGUGCUACUUGCAAAGAACAGAGAGCCAGGAAUGAGAACUUGAAAAGAAUCAAGCGUGAUUUGAACUUGAGCACUGCAAAGAAUGAACCUGAGGAAGUACCUUCUUGUCAACCCCAUCCACGUGUACCCUCGUCUCUUGACUAUGUUAUGUCAACUUCACCCUCACAUGCCAUUGAUGAUUGCAAAGCCAUGUUAGAUUCUUGCAAUAUCGGAAAGGCCUUACUGCCUGAUCUCAAUAUGAUGCCUGUUGAAGAUGAAUCUGGCGCUGAGACUUUACAUGGGAGUAGCUGAAAAGAUGAGUUGACUACUUUUCCCUUCUCACAGCCGAAGGUUGUGAGGAAAUAGGUGGUCUUGCAGGAAAUUAGUGACACUGGCCAAGGCAAUGAACUGUUGUUGAUUAACUCAGGCCAAGCGACAAAAUCACAGUUUGAGCAUGCUCCAGUCGCCAACCCUUGAAAAGCAGAAGAAGAUGACCAGCUACAGAGAAGAUAUUGAGGGCAGUGUAGAAAUCCAAGCUCCUCCAAUAUUCGUUGGGGGUUAACCCUCGUUACUUGAUGUUUACGGAUUUAUAUAGAAAAUAACUGUGAUUCUUUGUAGGUGUAACGUGAUGGCUUGGCCCUUUUAACUUGUUAAAAACUGAUUUCAGAAAUUUGUUGUUACGAACUCUGUUUUCAGCUCCCUUUUUUCAAUUAUUAUUUGGAACUCGGGGACAGGAUCGAUAUUAUUUCUAUAUAAUCUUCAUGGCUAGUCAAAUUUCUAUAA